UAAAUCAAGGAUUAGGAUUCGGAGAUUUGGUUGUGGGGAUUGGGUUGGGUUGAUCGGAGCGAUGCAUGCGGUGAGCGCCCUCGCGGUGGCGAGGAUGGUGAUAUCGGCGGGGAUGGGAGCCCCCGCUGCCGGUGGAGGCGGCGGAGGGGGGACGGUGGUGGUGCUGGAGAGGGAGGACAUCCCGUUCGGGUCGCUGAAUUGGUACGCCUACGCGGGGAUCUCGUGCCUCCUGGUUCUCUUCGCCGGGAUCAUGUCCGGGCUCACACUGGGGCUCAUGUCGCUCGGCCUCGUCGAGCUCGAGAUCCUCCAGCGCAGCGGCACCCCCACCGAGAAGAAGCAGGCAGCUACCAUCCUUCCUGUUGUUCAAAAGCAGCACCAACUUCUCGUGACUUUGCUUUUAUGUAAUGCUGCAGCCAUGGAGGCUCUUCCUAUAUUCCUUGACAAGAUAUUUCAUCCUUUCUUGGCUGUUGUCUUGUCUGUUACACUUGUUCUAGCUUUUGGAGAGGUUAUUCCACAAGCCAUAUGCACGAGAUAUGGAUUGGCUGUGGGUGCUAAUUUUGUAUGGCUUGUGCGCAUUGUGAUGCUCAUCUGUUAUCCAGUAGCAUAUCCUAUUGGGAAGCUUCUAGAUUGUGCACUUGGACAUGGUGAAUCUGCACUUUUUAGACGUGCUCAGUUAAAAGCUCUUGUUUCUAUCCAUGGCAAAGAGGCUGGCAAAGGUGGUGAGCUCACCCAUGAUGAGACAACAAUAAUUAGUGGAGCAUUAGAUUUAACUGAAAAGACUGCUGAGGAAGCUAUGACACCUAUUGAAUCAACAUUCUCAUUAGAUGUUAAUUCAAAAUUAGACUGGGAAGCGAUGGGCAAGAUUCUUGCUCGGGGACACAGUCGUGUCCCUGUUUAUUCAGGGGAUCCCAAAAACAUUAUUGGCCUUCUGCUGGUGAAAAGUAUUCUCACAGUUCGUGCUGAGACAGAAACUCCUGUUAGUGCUGUUUCCAUUAGAAGAAUUCCGAGGGUUCCAGCAGAUAUGCCGCUGUAUGAGAUACUGAAUGAAUUUCAAAAAGGAAGCAGUCAUAUGGCUGCUGUUGUUAAGUCCAAAGGGAAAACAAAAAAUCUCCCACAUCCUUAUGCAGAGAAGGCCGAAGAAAAUAAAGAAGCGAGUGGAGACUCCAAUCUGACAAGCCCCCUUUUAUCUGAAGUAGAGAAGUCAGAUAUUGUUGUUGUUGACAUUGAGAAGUUGCAAAAUAAGCACGUCAAUAGAGAUAAAGCAUUCCCUUUGCAACUGAAUGAUGCAGCAACCAAUGCAGUGGGUCGUUUAUCUGAGGAUAUUGAAGAUGGGGAAGUAAUUGGUAUCAUCACCCUCGAGGAUGUUUUUGAAGAACUCUUGCAGGAGGAGAUAGUGGAUGAGACAGAUGAAUAUGUUGAUGUGCACAAAAGGAUUCGUGUUGCUGCUGCAGCUGCUGCAUCAUCAGUGGCUCGGGCUCCAUCGCUUAGGAGGUUAACUGGACAAAAGAUGGCAGGAGCUCAAAAUCGGCAAGGACAACAGCCAAGUGGAAUCUUAAAGAAGCCUACUGAAGGGGAAUCUAAUACACCUAGACAUCAAGUGAAUCUUGUGGAACCUCUCUUAGGAAACAAGAGAUAAGUGGUUGAUGGGGAUUUUACCUUGCAGUGAAAGUGAUGCCAGAAGCUUAGCAGAUUACUUGCGGGGGCUUGUCGUAUUUAGGUACAUGCUAGCAGUUCAUUGGAAAAUGAAUAUUUUUUUUAGAUGUUUCAAUAAUUCAGCCGACGUACUGUAAUUCCUGUUGCCUGGUUGCGAUAAAAUUGUCAUUUUACAUUUUCAUCUGUCUUAUUUUCCUUCAAAAGUUCAUGAAAGAGUGAUAGCUUCAUCAUCAUUUUAAUGGUUGAGAGUUAGGGUAACAAAGAAAACAAGCAGUGGAAGAGAAAGAGAGAGAGGUAAGGCAAAAACCUGCAUCUGGUUGCUGGGCCUGCCAGUUUAACUGUUCACAGAGAUACUUCGGUGAUGAAUUUGUGCCCUGAUGGGUCAUUAGUUAUUGAAUGUUCCGGGGUUGAAAACA